AUGGAGGGACCCAAAAUAACAGUCGUAAUCAGAAAGAGACCACUGGGAAAGAAAGAGCUUGCGCGUGGUGAUUAGGAUAUUGUGCAAGUGAAGGAUUAAGCUACAGUCUUGUUGAGCGAGAUCAAGUAUGCAUUUUGAAAUUCAAUAUACUUUCUCUUUUUUAGGCAGAAAGUUGAUCUGACCAAGUAUGUUGAAUAGCAUCACUUCAAUUUCGACUUAGCAUUUGAUGAGAGUGUAAAUAAUGAGGGAGUUUAUGCUACUGCAGUGCGUCCAAUAAUCGAAGCAGCUUUCAAUAAAGCAAAGUGCACUUGUUUUGCAUAUGGAUAAACAGGCAGUGGUAAAACAUUCACGAUGCUUGGUGACCCUGAAGCCAAUGUUCCAGGACUCUAUCUGAUGGCUAGUUAUGACCUGUUCAACAUAUUACAAAGAGUAAUUAGCAUCCUUAUUAUCCAAUUAGCCAGAGUAUGGCAAUUUAUACGUGACCAUUUCAUUUUAUGAAAUCUACUGUGGCAAAUUGUUUGAUCUCUUAAAUGAUAGAACCUAAUUGGCUGCCCAGGAGGAUGCCAAAGGUAAUGUUUAAAUCAAAGCAUUAACUGAAAAAAAAAUUCAAAAUGUCCAGCAACUCAUGCAAAUCAUACAACAUGGAUAGAACUCCAGAGUUACUUCGCAAAACUCUGCAAAUUCCGAAUCCUCAAGAUCUCAUGCCUUACUAUAAAUUAAUUUAAAGUAAGGCAAGCUAGUUCAUGGCAAACUCUCAUUUAUUGAUUUGGCUGGUAGUGAAAGAGGAGCUGAUGUUAGAGACCAAGAUAAGACCACUAGAGUCGAUGGAGCUGAAAUUAAUAAAUCUCUCUUGGCUUUGAAAGAGUGCAUUCGAGCUUUGGAUCUCAAUAAGAAUCACACUCCAUUCAGAGGCAGCAAACUUACUCUAGUACUCAAAGAUAGUUUGAUCGGCAAUUGUAGAACUGUCAUGAUUGGUAACAUUUCACCCAGUAGUGCUAAUAGUGAACAUACACUAAACACAUUAAGAUAUGCAGACAGAGUCAAAGAAUUGAAGAAACCAUAAGAAUAGAAAUCAGGAGGAGAUGCACUCAAUCGAGAAUUGAUGUUAGCCAGAACAGGUUCUACUUUAUUUUUAUUACUUUAGAUACAAAUGUUAUUCGUAAAGAAUAUAAAAAUCCUGAUUCUGAAGACGAAGAAGGAGAUGAUUUAUAUAGUGGACCCCAAGGUUCUUAAGGUGGAUUGACUCAGAUGAACAAUCAGAAAUAUCAAUAAUAUAAUAACAUGACUUCUUCAUAGCAGUACUCACAAUAAUUUCAAUAUGCUUAAUAGUAAUAAUAAUAAUAAUAACAAUAACAAUUGCCUCCUUAACCACUACAAUAACAACCAGUCAGAACAUUAUCAGCUAAUUCAUAAUAAUAAAUGCAAUAAUAAUAAUAAUAAUAAUAAUAAUAAUAAUAAUAAUAAUAAUAAUAAUACAAUUAAUAAUUCACUAAUCCGUAUGCUAAAUAACCAUCACCAUAACCAUAAUAAUAAUAAUAACAAUAACAAUAACAAUUACCUCCUAAUCUUCCAAAAUCCAAAAGCACUUAACCUAAUCAAGCCUAGCAACAAUAGUAAUCAUCAUCAUAAACACAAUUACCAAAUCAACAAUUCUUCAUGUAAUAAUAGCCAAUGAUGGUCCCAUAAUAACCUAAUAUUUAUUAAUAAUAGCAAUAACCAAAUCUAUAGCAAUUCAUAAAUCCAUAACCUUAGCCACAACCAUUGAUGUAUAGCAAUUUACAGAAAUAAAAUGCUGUCCAGCAAAACCAAAUGUUAUACCAGCAAUAACAAAACCAAUUCCCUUAACAAUAAAUGUUCUAGCAAUACCCUCAACAAACCUAUAUCAACAACAAUCAGUAUUAUGCAAAGUAACAACCCUUAAUUCCUGGAAUGAACCCAAUUCCUCAAUAACCGAACAAUUUUAUGCAACAUUACUUGGAUAACAAUUUAAAUUAGUAAUAAUAAGAUCCAUUUGUUAAUGAUGAUUUUCAAGGCGAGGAUGGAGACAACCUAUUGUUGGAGGAAGUGGAUCCAGAAUAGGAGAUAUAGGAAUAAAGAAACUAAUUAUUGUCCUAAUAACAUUAAGAGCUAGUGAACAAAGUAUUACAAGAAGAAGAUGAGAUAAUUGUGUUCCAUAGAGAUCAUAUCGAUGUAAUGGUUGAGAUAUGCAAAUCUGUAAUACAAAGUUUAUUAUCAUCACUAGGAUAUGAUUCUAUUAAAUUCUUUGGAUCAAAAUCAAGUUGCUGUGGCUGAUUAUAUGGUGAAGCUAAAAUAGAAUUUACAAGUCAAACAAUAGGCAAUCAACGAUUUCUUAAGCAAGCUAGGACAAUACGAAUAGUUGUUGGAAUAAGUAUGAUUGUGUAUCUACUUUCUCUAGGAAGCUGAAUUAAAUGAAUAAUUGAAGGAGUUCGGAUUGGGUAAUAACUCAAAUUAAACAAAUAUAUAAUGAUAACUAAUCAUAAUGUUAACUCUA